UAAAUCGGAGAAAGGCCCCAAAAAGAAAAUAAAAAUAAAAAUAAAAAAAGAAGAAGAUUACAACAAAAUCUUCAGCGGCCAAGAAGGCCUUCCUUGGGCAUCAAGAUACCGGCUGAGUAAUGGCCGUGGCUCAGCUUCUCCUUCGGCCAUAUCUUUGCUUAUCUAUUUUCUUGGUCCUUUCUCCCACGACGCAUUCUAUAAUCGAGUCUGAAGCUUUGCUUAAGCUCAAAAACUCAUUUACAAAAGCCGAUGCGCUAAGUUCUUGGGUGCCUGGCUCGUUGCCAUGCAAAGAAGGGGCCUAUUGGAUCGGACUAAUUUGUUACAAUGGCAUUGUGGCAGGACUUCGCCUUCAAGGAAUGAACUUGUCGGGGAAAAUAGAUGUUGAAGCCUUACUUGAAAUGCCGGCGCUUAGAAGUGUUAGCAUUACAAAUAAUGCCUUCUCGGGUCCGAUCCCCGAAUUCAACCGGUUAGGUGCUUUGAAGGCCCUUUACUUGUCAGGGAAUCAAUUUUCGGGUGAAAUUCCCUCGGAUUACUUCGCAAAAAUGGAGUCCUUGAAGAAAAUUUAUCUUUCUGACAACAAACUUACGGGCAAAAUCCCUUCUUCACUAGCUCAACUUUCCAAUCUAAUGGAAUUGCAUCUUGAAAACAAUCAAUUUGUAGGAGAAAUUCCUUCUUUAGAUCAACCGACAUUAACAUCAAUCAACGUCUCAAACAACAGAUUGGAAGGGGAAAUCCCGGCUAGCAGCUUUUCUAGGUUUGAUGCAAGUUCCUUUGCCGGAAAUGCUGGACUUUGUGGGGAAAAGUUGGGCAGGGAGUGCCAAAAGGCAAUUGAUCAGCCGACCACUGGCAAUGGGGACGGUUCAAAGAAGAUGAUUGCCGCGAUCAUGACAUCAGUAGUGGCGUUUAUUUCGAUUGUUGCUGUGCUCGUUGUGAGGUUUAGGCGAAAUAGAGAAGAUUUCGAUGCCCCUGAAGAUGUCGAGGAAGAAGCCGUUGAGGUGCACGUGUCUCAGUCUGUGCGAAAUGGGAAAGAAGCGGAUUCAAUGCGAGAGGGGAACAACUCAAGCCGUAAAGGAUCCAUUAAUUGCAAGGGCGUCGGGAUGGGAGAAUUGGUGGUGGUGAAUGAAGAAAAGGGUGUCUUUGGGUUGUCGGAUUUGAUGAAGGCAUCCGCAGAAGUGCUUGAAAAUGGGGCAUUGGUGUCUUCAUACAAAGCCGUGAUGGCUAAUGGGGUGGCAGUGGUGGUGAAGAGGAUGAAAGAAAUGAAUACACUUGGAAGAGAUGUUUUUGAUGCAGAGAUGAGGCGGCUCGCCAACCAACGCCACCAGAAUAUCUUGACGCCUUUGGCUUACCAUUACCGAAAAGACGAGAAGCUGUUGGUCUACGAGUACAUUCCCGGACGUAGUUUACUUCAUCUAUUGCAUGGUGAGCGUGGACCGUCACCCACAGAACUUGAUUGGCCUGCCCGUCUGAAGAUUGUUAAAGGAAUUGCUAAAGGGAUGGGUUAUCUUCACACCGAACUUGCAUCCUCUGACAUACCCCACGGCAAUCUCAAAUCCAGCAAUGUUCUUCUCAGCCCUGACUAUGACCCAUUGAUCUCCGAGUAUGGAUUUAGCCCAUUGAUCAACCCUGCAAAUGCAGCGCAAGAAUUGUUUGCAUACAAGGCACCGGAGGCAGCUCAUUCUGGACAACUAUCUCCUGCAUGUGACGUCUAUUGUCUAGGGAUUGUCAUUCUUGAAAUCCUUACUGGGAAAUAUCCUUCUCAAUAUCUAAGCAAUACUAAGGGUGGCAUUGAUGUGGUCCAAUGGGUAGCAUCGGCCAUUGCUGAUGGGAGAGAAUCUGAGGUGUUUGAUCCAGAGAUUGCAAGCUCUGGGAAUUCAGUCGUUGAGAUGAAAAAGCUUCUCUACAUAGGUGCAGCUUGCACUGAAACGUACCCAGAGCAACGGCUGGACAUGAUGGAAGCUGUUAGAAGGAUAGAGGAGAUACAGGUGGAGGGAGGGCAAGGGGAGGCUAGGGCAAUGCAUGUCUUACCAUCGCUUCGAGACGGCUAUGCAGAUUCAGUGCCACAAGCUCACGUAUCAAGAAGUUCACAUGAAGGCCUUGGCGGGUACUCUGGGAGGAUGAUUUCCUCGGACAGCAUUAAUGCAAGUCGGUCAGGGCAUCAUAGUGAUCAUAAUAAUUUUUCCUUUUGACUUCUCAUCAUCUGUGUAAAGAAUUUUUUUCAUUUUCUAUUUUUGAUCAGGCGAGGAUAUCCCCAAGUAUUUAAAAACGAAUUAGUUGUUGGUAUAUCAUCAUAGAAGAAGUUCUUUUUUUCCUUUUGCGAAGAGAACUUAAGGUCGAAUGAAAAUUCAUUAAUGC